GACAGAUUCAGUACGCACAUAUGCACGUACGUACGUGCUUGACAGGUACGACAGACGGUACGUACACGUGUCUCACGGGCAGGCAGGCAGGCUAGGCUAGGCUGUACGUACGCCUUGAAGGGGGACAUCCAUGCUGGUCGGUUGGCUGGCUGGCGUGUGCCUGUAUGUAUGUAUUGUAUGAAUUGUGUCCCGUCCCGUCCCAUCAUACAUACAUGUCUGCCUGCCAUGCCAUGCAUAGAGGGAUUUAUUUGUACAGUUAAGUUGCACAACGUGAGCAUUGACUGACUGAUGAGAGGGUACACCCUGGGAUGUGUGCAUUCCAAACUAACUCAGAGGAUCCAACCAUUCGGGCCGCCGUGUCCGUCAGCAUGCUAUGCUUCAUUCAGCAGCGCCGUCGCAUAGAAGACCGUCUGCAUCACACACACACACAUUGCCCGACCGGUGGGUGCUGUAUGUAUGACGUCACCACCUCCAUUGAAUACCGUGGGCAUCAUUUCCAGCUGAGCUCGCCGCUGAAGCGUCUGACAACCAGAAUGGGGGCAAUCAACCCACCAAACAAAGCAAGCGACCCGACCAUCAUAACGCCACGCCCAGGAGAGAUUUAAAAUGAUGGCACCGCACCGCACCUUGAUGGCAUUCACGGCAUUCCUGCGGACCUUAUCGCUUAUCGGAAGGCAUGCAGACAAACACUCACAGCAGACCUGCAGCGCAGCGCAGCCACCACGGCAGACGUGGAUCUAUGCAUGUAGGCAUUUAGCUAACAGCAUAGAUAUCUGUCUGUCUCACGAUACAUGCAUACCAUGAGGGUGUGUUCAUCGACAGGGAGUCGUGCGCCGGUCCAUCCGCCCCUGGCUGAGUCGGCAGCGUGUCUAUGUCUCGAGGAUGCAUCCGGCGAGCGGCCCCGCCGGCCGUCCAAACGGUACUCACUCACACCCACACAGUCCAUACCCAACAUACUGCACACACACGCACACACGGACACACACACAUACACAGACAACAGCAAUCCAAAACAUACCACCAGUCUGUCUGUCUGUCUGUCUGAUGCCUUUAUGUAUGUCAGCCCGACCCGGUGCAGAAGUCGCAGAAGUGGAUGAGGGCACUGGUGGGCAGCAAACUGCACCGCGCAUGCACAAGCCGCGCACAACGACCCACCUGCACACAGACAGACAGACAGACAGACACCCAGCCAAACAGGGACACCAUUGAGUGUGUCUUGUCGAGUGAGAGAGAGGGCACUCAUUUACGGGCGGGAGUGGCCUGCGUUGCCUUACCAAGUGUGCCUGCAUACGGCAGGUGAGUCUGAGUAUUUGGAUCCCGUGGGCGGUCGUGGGAGUCGGUGUGUGGUUUGUGGGUGCGUUGAAGGGGAUGGUUUUUAUGGUGUGUGUGUGUUUGUGUGGGUGGGGGCCGCCAGUGGUGGGGUGGUGGUAGGGUGACGCCAUCGUCUCGGGGGAGGGGUACACACUCAACCCACGACACACAGGGGGGUGGUGGUGGUCACAGGCCGCCUGAUAGGGCACGACAGACACAAGCAAGCAAACAAACAAGGAAGGCAGGCAUCCAAUCAAUCAGCCGACAAACAAGCAUUGAUUGUUUCGAACGCCUCCCUACCUGUGGAUGGUUGGCCAGUGCGAGUAGGAGCCUUUCCAGCCCCUGUGCGGCUGCGUCUUGGUGGGCGGCCCGGGUGGUCCACCCAUGCCGCACCCGCUGUGCGAUGGUGUGGCUGAGGUACGCCCACAGCGCCAAGGGGAACGCACCGAUGGCCAUCAGCUCUACCAUCGACGUCAACACAGAAGAGGCCGCCUUUCCUUGUGAGGUGGUCUCAGCCUCGGCUGGUGUGUCGGUGUCCGCUGGUGGAUAAUGUGAUCUAGCCACGGUGCCCUCGAGCCAGUAUGCCAGCAAAUCACACACGGCUGGCCCCUGACGGACGGACAUGACGGCACCACCAAGACUCAUGGCCAUGAAUGAGUCAAUGCAGUCCAUGUGUGUGACUGACUGACCUGUUGUCCGAUGGAUGUUUCCCAUGCGAAGCUUGAGAAUGCGGCAUCAUCUGUCAAGAUGGACUCCAUCACGGCCUCCAGAUCAGCUGCCUGCAGCCAUCGCAGCGCAAGCAGACAGACAGGUAGAUAGAGGGACUGCAUGGCAUGGCAUGCAGUGGGACCACGGGGCGGGCAAACCAAACCAAACCGGAUGCAGAUCACGCCCAUGCAGACCAGUAAGCAUCCCCUCCCCUAAACCUACCUGUUGGCCGUCGGCCUUGUUGGCUUCCAGCAGCUUCGUGAGCUCAGACGUGCAGGACGCUGGCGACGACCGCAUCCCUACCUACCAGUGGAUGGAUCUGGCCAAGGAGGAGAAGAGGGGCUAGGCCCAGGCAGGA